GUCGGGGGCUUGGCCUCUGCCCGGCCACCGAGCCGGAGCCGGAGUUGCUGUUUGCGAGGGUCUGUACGGCCUCGGACCCUGGCAGGGCCGGGGCCAGAGACCAAGAUGCUAAACGUCCCUUCCCAGUGCUUCCCGGCCCCGAGCUCGCAGCAGCGCAGCGCCUCUGGGGGGCGUAGCAAGGUUCCUUUAAAACAGGGUCGAAGUCUUAUGGAUUGGAUUCGACUGACCAAAAGUGGAAAGGACUUAACAGGAUUGAAAGGCAGGCUGAUUGAAGUAACUGAAGAAGAACUUAAAAAGCACAAUAAAAGGGAUGACUGUUGGAUAUGUAUAAGAGGAUUUGUUUACAAUGUCAGCCCGUACAUGGAAUAUCAUCCUGGUGGAGAAGAUGAGCUAAUGAGAGCAGCAGGAUCCGAUGGUACUGACCUUUUUGAUCAGGUUCAUCGUUGGGUUAAUUAUGAAUCUAUGCUGAAAGAAUGCCUGGUUGGCAGAAUGGCAAUUAAACCUGCCAUUCUGAAAGACUCUCAUGAAGGAAAGAAAGUCUUAAAUGGCAUGCUUCCCAAGAGCCCUGUGACAGAUCCACUUCCCAAAGAAGCGCCUAGUUCUCCAAGCUAUGAUUGGUUCCAAACAGACUCUUUAGUCACCAUCGUCAUAUAUACUAAACAAAAGGAUAUCAGUUUAGACUCAGUAAUAAUUGAUCAUCAGGGUGACUCCAUUAGAGCAGAAGUAAUUGUCAAGGACUAUUCAUAUCUUUUGCAUAUUGGGCUAUGCCAUGACGUUCAGGAAGAUUUUUCUGUGCGGGUUAUUGAGAAUGUGGGAAAAAUAGAAAUUAUUCUAAAAAAGAGAGAAAAUACUUCUUGGAAGUGUCUUGGUCGUCCCCUGGAGAAUGAUAAUUCACUAAUUCCAAAGAAAGAUAGAGGUUUGUGCUACAGAAAGUGCCAGUUGGUUUCCAAGGAAGAUGUCACUCAUGACACAAAGCUGCUCUGUGUGAUGCUGCCACCAAGCACUCAUCUUCAGGUGCCAGUUGGGCAACAUGUUUACCUCAAGCUGACUAUCACAGGUACAGAAAUAGUGAAGCCAUACACACCUGUAUCAGAUUCCUUACUCUCAGAGUUCAAGGAACCAGUUCUUACGAGUAAUAAAUACAUCUACUUUUUGAUCAAAGUCUAUCCUGCUGGACUCUUUACACCAGAACUUAAUCAUCUUCAGAUUGGAGAUUUUGUUUCUGUCAGCAAUCCUGAGGGCAAUUUUAAAAUAUCCAAACUCCAAGAACUAGAAGACCUCUUUCUGUUGGCAGCUGGAACAGGCUUUACACCAAUGGUUAAAAUCAUGAAUUAUGCUUUGACUUACUUACCCAGUCUCAGAACAGUGAAGCUGAUGUUCUUCAAUAAAACAGAAGAUGAUAUCAUUUGGAGAAGUCAGUUGGAAAAAUUAGCAUGUAAAGAUAAAAGAUUUAAUGUUGAAUUUGUUCUCUCAACACCUACAUCUGAUUGGAAUGGCAAACAAGGACACAUUUCACCAGCUCUUAUUUCUGAAUUCUUGAAAGCAAAUUUAGACAAAUCCAAAGUUCUCAUCUGCAUUUGUGGACCAACACCGUUUACAGAAGAAGGAAUAAAGUUGCUGCAUGACCUUAACUUUUCCAAAGAUGAGAUCCAUAGUUUUACAGCAUAAUGAAGACCUGUCGUUGUCCUUUGUUCAACUGGGUUACCUAAAUUUGUGAUGGCUUAGGGUUUUUUAAGAGAAAAUUUUUGUGUAUAUGAAAUAUUAACUAGAAUCCAGGCUUCCAUUUCUUAAAUGAAAUCAACUGCUUUCUUCAGUCUAGAUAACUUCUUGGCUUUAUUUUGUACUUCAUUUUAUUUUACUACUGAUAUUCAUGGUAACAAAUAUAGGAUUCUUUGUUAAAUUUCUUUACCAGUUAAAUCUUAUCACUGUUGUAUAAUAAACACUUGUAUUUAUUACAUGAUAAAGUAAAUGAUCACUUUGAUCAUGUUUCUAUGCUGUAAAAUGUCUUAUUAGCAAUACAGAUUAAAUUUUACAUUGCACUGUUAACUCAGGAAAUGGAUCAUUCAUGUCCUUGUUAUUGAUACUAAAACAGGGAAUGUUUUAACUUAUUAAGUUAUCCAAACAUUGUUAUGUGUGUUUCUGGUACUAAUGCAGGGAAAAAUAAAAUUGGACUUAUGUACUUUUUGAUCCUUGUUUAGGAAUGCAGUUGCUGCAACAAUAAUGGGCCAGUACCUUAAGGGAAAUAAAGAAGGCAACUAUAAAA